AUGUUCGACUCGGUGAUGAAGCAAGUCAACAGCGGUGCUAAAUUCAUGAGUGACUGUUUGGUUGCUGCGCAGAAGGAGUGCUGUAUCGAAGAUUGGUAUGCAGACACAGGCACUGCCUUUCACAUGACAGAUUAUCUUGCUUGCCUGAGGGAUGUGACGUCUUGCCACAAGACAGUUAAAGGAAUUGGUGGCGUAAUGUGUGAGGUAGCACUGACUGGCAAUCUAGACUUGGUGUUCGUGUCUGCUGACAGCGAGUUCUCGGUGGAGUUGAAGAAUGUGCUGUACUCUCUCAACUUGGGAUUCAACUUCUUCUCUCCUAGCGCAGAGUUUGACGGCUCCUGAAACCGCCUUGGUGGGCCCGACAAAGUGUUGACUGCCUUCCGUGGAAAUAUUGUGUUUCAGAACGUCAAUGGGAUGCUUGUUGCGACCGCCUGUCGUCUUGAGCAUGAGGAUAGUGAUGACUCUGUUGUUGGGUCGGUGUUGGCUGCUCUCACUCCCUCAAACCCCAAGCAUGCAAGCAAGAUGGAUAUCAACGAGUUCCAUAACAUUUACGCCCAUGCGCAUGAAGGCUUGCUUCGUACUACUGCAAAGCAGUUGAGUGUUGAGCUGACUGGUACCAUGCAUCCUUGCACGGGUUGCUCGAUGUCGAAAGCGAUUAAGAAAGGGAUUUCGCGAGAAACUAAAAAUAGAUCAUAUAAGAAGUUGGGCAGAAUUUUUGUAGACCUGGGAGGGAAGAAGGGCGUCGCGUCCAUCGGGGGUAAAUGCUACCCCAUGAUUAUUAAAGAUGACUACACGAGGCGUGCGUGGUUACAUUUCCUCAAGAAGAAAUCAAGACGCUGGUAAGGCUUUCAGGAGUUUUCUUGCGAGUGUGCGUGCUGAUAGUUUGCCGUCAUUGGUCGAGAUUGUUAGAUCUGACAAUGAGUUUUUCUGGGGGGAAUUCGCGUCCGUGUGCAAUGAGCUCUUGAUUAAGCAGGAGUUCACCCCGGCUCACACUCCACAAUACAAUGGUGUUG